AUGUUGAAGAGCCGAUCCGGACUCAAAGGAAUUACACGAUGGGCAGUAUCCAGACGGCGUGGAUCUGGAGGUUCUGGUUCAAGCAUAGUUAGCCCUGGGAGCAACGGAGACGUCAAACAAGAGUUGGAACAUGUUCUCAGCCUUUCGAACCUAAUUAGCCGUGAUAGUGCCGAGUCGCCAGACAUCGUUCAGCCAUCAGAGGGUUCGGACCGUAAGGUAAGCAAGUCGGGAGAAGAUAAACUUUCUCAGUUUCAUCCAGCAUCGGGCAACGGUCCCAUGUACACUAAAGAAGUGGACCAGCUGUUAGUGGGGGGAAAGAAGCGAAACCCGGCAGAUUUGAGGUCCGACAAUGCUCAGUCAAGGUUUCGAAAGUCAGCAGCGGGUGCGCUGAGGUCUGAAUUUCGCAUCAACGCAGCUAAAGUUGGUUUCGAACCCAUUCAAAGCGACGGCACAGAUUCCGAUGCCCUGCCUCCACGUCUGUGUCACGAGCUCGAACGGGUGCUGUUUCAGCCGAUGAAUUUUCACACAUUACAAGAUAGUCGCUCGGGAACUUUCAAUUUCAGUUCGUGGCUCGAGGACAUCAUCCGGGUCGACGACUUCGACUUCGAAGCUGUAUCGGAGUUUAUAACUGCAUCCAAAGACCAGAAUAUGCUCAAAUUGGCAGAACAGCAUGACAAAUGCUAUUAUUCCUCAACUAGUUCAAUGACCGGGAUUCUGUCGCAUAUGCAUUUCUUGCUGUCCAACUUCCGCAAGACGAACAUGUCCAUGAUCUCAAAGCAUUUUAGCGAGCAGUCCGCACAGUUUAGUUGGGGAGCUCAAUUGCCAGCCGUUGUUAUAAUGAAGCGAAUGAAUAAUAUUAAUAAUAAUAAUGGUGUGUUUUCUAUUGACUCUGACAAAUCUUCCGAUCGCGAGAUCAUCUUGUCUCUUUUGGGCCACGCAUUGGAAACCGUUCUUACAACUGAAGAGGAACAGUUUAAAAAGACAUUUGACAAGACGACUAAGACAUACAAGGCGAGCGGUGUGAAGCCUGCUGGCACAUAUCACUACUCUAAAAUCGAAGAUUUCGUACUGCGAUCUCAACUUGACGCUUACCAUCCAAAAUUACCUGGAACCGGUGUUUUUGAUCUCAAAACUAGAGCUGUUGCAGCUGUGAGACACGAUAUUGCAUAUGUCGAAGAGAAUGAUAAUUACACGGGUUAUCAGAUUCAGCAAACACUUGGUCAAUUUGAGUCUUUUGAGAGGGAGCUUUUUGAGUUGAUCAGAAGUACAAUGCUUAAGUAUUCUUUGCAAGCUCGCAUAGGCCGCAUGGACGGAAUUUUUGUUGCAUACCAUAACAUUUCUAAAAUGUUCGGUUUUCAGUACAUGCCAUUGGAGGAAAUGGAUCACAUACUGCACAGUUACGCUUGCCCAAAUUUCAAGAAAGUCUUAGAAGAGCGCAAUAAUUCUUUAAAAGCGAUUUUUGGUGAAGAAACCUUCAUUGUGAAACAUGAUUAUGCUUGCUUUGAUCGCGAUAUUACAUCGAAGAUUGCAGAUACUGAGUUUAAGAUUUCGAUGUCACUAUUGAAUAAGAUACUUAAAUUAGUAGAGAGUGUUUUGCCACCCCAGUUCCACUCAUGUCGCUUGGUUUUCAAAGCCGAGAGGAAAAAAUUUGUGGAUAAAGACGGAGUUGCCCACAGAAGACCAGUCUUGAACGUUCUCAUAGCUCCCUUAACGAAAGGUCAGACUGAUCAAUUUCAGCAAGCAGACUUAAGAAAGGAGUAUUUGCAAGAUGGCGAGAAAAUCAACGAGUAUCUGCAAAAAACAAGACAGCUCAAUAAGGAAACAACCAAAAAUUUAAUGGGCUUCCAAAUUUCUGUAGAUCAUGAAGCUCAUCAUCAUCCCAACACGCUAGUCAACCCUCGUAUUGCUAGCAAAAAGUCUAAUGUCUUGGAUGAUAAAGCCAAAGAAUUUGUAAAGGAUAUCACUCGCAGGGACUUCUACAAAGACUCGGCAGCUUGGAAGCACAUACAGUUUUUUCAUCCGUUAGACGUUCUCAAGUGGACUCCCAAAUUCACUGUGCAGCAAAUAACAAAUCAGGACAAGGUGAACAAGUUGUACAUGACCUAUCUUGACGACAAGCUAUCGGCGUUGAAGGGUCAAACUGUGUCCAAAAAAUCGACCAAAUCAACACAGGAAGUUAUUUCCGAGCGCAUACGGAAAUUUAUGACCGGGGACGAAUUAGAUUCAAAUGACAACAAAGGACUCGAUGACGAGACUGACGUAUCCCAGCUACAGGCAGUUUUGAGAGCUUACUCUAAAAAGGGAGAGUUAAUGAAUAGGCGCCAGAAAUGA